GGUUUCCGGUUCGGGCGACGGAGGUGACGCAAUCACGGCGCCGAGCGCGGAGUCUAGGCAGCGAUGAGCCGGGUUCUGUGUGCACCGGCGGCCGGGGCCGUCAGGGCGCUGAGGUUCAUGGGUUGGGUUUCCCGAAGCCUUCAUCCACUGCCCGGUUCCCGGGAUCGGGCCCAACCCGCCGCCGAGGAAGACGACGACCCUGACCGCCCCAUUAAGUUUUCCUCCAGCAAAGCUAACCCGCGCCUCUGGACGGUUGGCAAUUCCAUGGGAGACGGAUAUCAGCGGCCCUGGUGGCAGGUGCUGCCCAUCAGCUUGUCCAUCAUGGCUCUGGUCAUCUGGUGCUUCCUGAGGGAGGAGACCGAGACCGACCAGUGGUUGAGACGGGUGUUGGGAGAAGAGGUGCCAGAGCCCAGUGGUCGUUCUGAGGGGCCUGAAACUCCAGCUGCCUCCGGAGCGAGAACGUGACAGAGUGGCCGCUGGGGCUGGCAGGAAGUGAGCCAGCAGCCGCCCUUGCCGAUUCGACCUUAACUGUCCUGGCUAUGCCUGCGUCCUCAGCACUGAAGGACUUGGAUGGUGGAUGGAGAAUUGGCUAUGCUGAUCGGCGUGGAGGCGGAGCAGAAUCCCAGCAGAUCGGAACCUGCUCUUGCCUGGGGCUUGGUGUCCAAGAUUCCAUCCACAAGACUUUUGCGAUCCUUAGGAAAGGUUUCAGUUGCACUGUGUGGUGUUGGAUUUGUGAUGUCUUUGUAUAACAUAAUCAUGUUUGCAGAGCAGUUCUGGUGACACUUGUCAUUCAGUGUUAGUUUGCAGGUAAUUUGCUUUCUGAGAUAGAAUUAUCUAGCAGAAGUGUUAAACUUUCUUACGUGCUCUGGCCUGUAUAAAUAACACUUUUCCAUGUUAGUUUUGCAUAAUAACAAAUCGAAAAUAAAUUUUAAUUUUAUGAUAUGGGA